AGCAAUCUCACACAAGGGUUUCUGGCCAGGCUUAAAUAUUACCAAGAGUGUCCAAGAAUCUGUUGCAGUCUGUAAUAUAUUUGUCACAUUAUAACUGACCUCAUUAAAUAUUAUAUUUUCCCUGACAAUUAAACCUCCUUUGAUUUCUAAUACUGCAUCAGACUAGGUUUUAGCUCUUGCAUUAGAGUUAUAUAGAUGAGUCUUGUGUUUAAAAAAGUAUAUUAUGUGCUUUUGAUCGCCAGUAAAACUGAUUCACCAGUGGAAUACAAGAUGGCCCACAAGAGGCGAGGCAAGGCACUAAUCUUCAACCAUGAAAAUUUUCAAUAUUUAAAUAAACGCCGUGGCACAAAUAAAGACAGAGACAAUCUCAGAGAAAGAUUUCAAGACUUAGGGUUUGAAAUGAACCCACAUAAUGACAAAAGUAAGAAGGAAGUGCUAGAGGAAAUACGUAAAGCUGCCACAGCCAACCACGAGGAUGCCGACUGUUUUGUCUGCAUUUUCCUAACUCAUGGGGAAGAAGGGCAAAUUUAUGCCAAGGAUGAUAAGAUUAAGAUUAAGGAAAUAACAGAUUACUUCAGAGGAGAUCAGUGCAAGAGCCUUGUAGGGAAGCCCAAGAUCUUCAUCUUCCAGGCGUGCGCUGGUGAGAAACAUGAAGAUGCUGUGACCAGCAUGAUGACAAAGGGCAGUGAUGAUGAGGAAGCAGAUCAAAUCUACACCAUCCCAGAAGGGGCAGAUUUCCUCAUGUGUUACUCUGUAGCAGAGGGUAGGUAUGAAAAAAAAGAUUGAUCAAAAUUCUGGCUAUUUUAAGGGAGUCAGAUAAUUUGACUCAGUUCACCAA